CGAAUCAAACGCGGCCCUAAAAAGGGUAACUGGAAACUGGAAGCAGAGCGCCAAAAGAAAAUGGCGCCAUUGAAAUCUCUGGAGCGGGUGUACCCAAUCAUAGACUCCAAUUUCCAGAACUUUUGUUCUUCACACGGCAUUUUCACUGGUAUUUUUUUUUCGUCCCGUUUGAUUCCGAUUCAAUUUAGCCCCAUCGUCACUGAAGGAGUGGCUCCAUUUUUGUCGCCAGUGGAGGAUUUCCUCGUCCACGACCUCUACGUUUUAGCUGCUUUUGCUGAGCAACAGCCUGCGUCUGAGAAAUUGAAGCAGGGGAUUACCGAAGUACUUUCAAUAAUUGAUGCUAAGCGACAGCCAUGGAUGAACGGUUUGGAGCUUUUGGAAGAUGCUGGAGAAAAUAAGCAUAUUCUGUCCACUGGUUGCGAAGGGGUUGAUGCUUUGCUUGGAGGUGGUUUACGUGAGGGACAGUUGACGGAAAUUGUUGGCCCAUCUUCUUCUGGUAAAACUCAGGUUUGCCUACGAGCUGCUUCAAAUGUGGCAAUGAAGUACAAUGCAAAUGUUUUCUACCUGGACACAGGGAACUCCUUUUCGCCCCAUCGCAUCUCAGACUUUGUUCAUUGGAAAUCAGCAUCUGCUUUAGAUGGGACUGAACACAGCAUUCUUCAACAAGUAAUGAGCAGUAUAUCAUGCCACUCUGUGUUCGACAUCUUUGCAAUGUUUGAUGUGUUGCAUGAGCUGGAAUUCAGUUUGAGAUCCCAGAUGUGCAAAGGCGAUCGCAGAGUGCAGUUACUGAUUGUAGAUUCAAUUUCUUCACUAAUUACACCCAUCCUUGCUGGAAGUAGUUCACAGGGACAUGCUUUAAUGAUAUCUGCUGGAUAUCUACUGAAGAAGAUAGCUCAUGAACAUAACAUUGCAGUACUAGUAACAAAUCACACGGUGGGUGGUGAUAGAGGUUCUUCAAAACCUGCCCUUGGAGAGAGUUGGAAGAGUGUCCCACACGUGAGGCUUCAGCUUUCCCGAGAUCCGGGAAGCAAUUUCUGCAAUGCUUCAAUAUUAAAACACUCAUUCAUGGCAUCUGGUAUCACUGCAAGGUUUGUAAUUUAUGAAUCACAAGAAGGAAUUCCUCGUACAAUGAAUUAGCGUAUGGCAACCUCAACUCAGGGCUCAUUAAUUCAAAUGGAGUGCGAAGGUCGGUACCAAAACUUGAAAGUUUUGCUGCCUUCUAUCGGGUGCUUUCUUUGUUAACUAUCUGGAUUAGUUUAUUUGGUUCUUGUUUGUUUUUAGUUGAUAUAGAGAGGGGGUAAAGGGCAUCCAUUUCUGAUGGUGCGCCGAACCAAAUGACCAUAUUUGUGGAAUAAAAGCAAUAUACAAUUCAAUAAACAUACACUGUUUUUAACUUCU